AUGUCGAAUGUCGAUUUAUCCAGCGACGGCUUCAUUGGCCUGGACUACGACUCGAGAAAUUACCUGCCAGCGGCGUCGUGGCCCGUGGCGGUGGACCACCAAGCAGCUCAGCGAUCGGAUGGAGCGCGAGACAUCUCGCCCUUGCAAACCAGCGGUCACGCUUACGAUCACUCGGUAGCUCAGGAUCCCAAUCUGAUGGUGGACUGGCACUUCCACCACUUGCAACCCCACCUCCAGUACGCCCAUGAGGAGCCCUCCUCCGCUCCUCCCCAGUUCACCACCGCUAGCUAUGGCAUGUCCAUCCACUCCUCCCCCGUGGAUCUCAUGGCCGGCGCCCACGCACACAUGAGCACGAGCCUGCUGGACGGCCCGUAUUUGCCCUUGUCCGCGCCAGUCGACAUGGUGCCUUUCCCCUAUCAUGACCUUCAAGCGGAUCUCAUGGCUUUUCCCCCGCCCGAUGGACUGCCCGAUAUGACCGCCUACAGCGCACCGCACAAUGUCAUUGAGAGCAGCUCGCCCACCGACACCUAUCUGGAGGUCCGAUCCCUGACUAGCUCCAGUAGCGACAACGGCUGGAGCACUAUCGAGCCCCGCCGUUCCCAUGAGUUCUCUUUCCCGGACCAGGGUAUAUUUAUAAAUCCCACCCAGACGCUGCACGACCGCAGUCUGUCGGAGUCUUCCUAUUCCACCUCCUACGGCAGCUUCGUGGAGAUCACGAAUCCCAUCAACUCCCCCAGCUCGGACAGCAACUUCGAUACCGCGUUCAACCACAGCAUGGCCCGCCGGGUUUCCUACGACCACACGUCUCACGGGUCGCAGUCUCCGACGGCUGUCAGCCCCGUGGCCAUUGUCCGGCCCAUUCCCGUGCCCAAGAAGGCCUCCUCUUCGCCAUCUCGGUCCGCGGCGUCCACGUCGGCGUCGCCCCCGAGCCGGAAGCCGUCGCGCAAGAGUCCGAUUGCCGCCAAGACGGCCGAGACCAAGGUUCGCAAGCAGACGCAGAGUGGCAAGCCCGAGACCGAGAAGCGCGUAGGUAAGCGCAAGGGACCGCUCAAGCCGGACCAGCGGAAGCAAGCCAGCGAGAUCCGGAAGCUGCGCGCGUGCCUGCGUUGCAAGUUCUUGAAGAAGACUUGCGACAAAGGAGAACCCUGCGCGGGGUGUCAGCCGUCCCAUGCGCGCUUGUGGCAGGUGCCCUGCACGCGGAUUGACAUCAAGGAGAUUGGCUAUUUCAUGAAGGACUGGAAGGCGGAUUAUGAACGCCAUAUCGCUUUGGGCUUUACAGUCGGCAACAUUAAGGGAUUCUCGGAGCAGGAAACGACGCUGUUCAUCACUCACGGCUACGGGCAGGUCCUCCCGAUCAAUGCCCGCGAGGUGUAUGUGCGCGACGAGCAGUGCUUCACGGUUGACUGGGUCGAGUCCAUGCACCGGGAGCCGACACCGUACGAGGUGGAAACCGCCAAGCUGUCCGCUGGAAUGGAGGGGAUUUCGCAUGCGAUGCUGUCCGACUACCUGGACCGCCAUAUCGACGGCAACGGUACGUUUGAGAAGUUUGUCGAUGACUACUUUGAGGGUACGCCAUUCCUCACGCAGAUGCUGAAGACAGCGUUCCGGUAUUACUUCCGCACGAAGCUGCCGGUGAUCCGGAAGGCGCUGAAGCUGGUUAUCGCCUACAAUCUGACGCUGCAUGUCACGAUGGUGGAGGGUCUGGGUGAGGAGGAGCAGUUCCUUGGCAAGAUCAACGACCAGUCAUCCAAGUUCAAGGGGAAGACGAUAGCGCCGGUGAUGAUCAACUUCCAGGUCAAGUGUGCGAUGGCGAACAUGUGGCGCGAGUUGCAGAAGGACGUGCUGGAGGAACUGUCGGCUCUGUACUCGAGUGUGUACAGUGGCGACAAGCUCAAGAACUGGCCGACCAUCUUUAUCCUUGCGUCAAUACUGCUGGCUGUCUGGGAGGAGAUGCAAUUCGACUGCCAUUACCGCGUUCCGGAUGCUGCUGCCGUGGAAAAAUUCUGCAACGAUAUGGAGACGACGCCGGUUGGCGUGAUCGUCGGGCUGUUCCAGGCGAUCUCGCAGAAGCUGCCGGCAUUUACGGACUGGGAGACGCAAAAACACCACCACCUGCUGCACUCGAAUCCGGACGUGUGCAACACGAUGACCGAGGUGCGGCAGCAUGUCACGCAAUUCGAGAGCUACCUGCGGGGCCGCUCCGGUUCCAAGUUCAACCACGACGACUUUGACUGUUUAUCGAACAAAUUCGUGUCCCGCCUUGUGAUUCGCGCCAACUAA